CGAUUUUUAUUUUUUAAUUUCAAAAGCAUUUAUUAAUUCUGAAAAUCGUGCAUUUUUCAAUGGCGCUGGUCCCGGGUCAGCGGGCGGUUUUCUCUGCAUCAAGAUGGGUUUUGCCGUCUCCGUCGUGGGCACCAGUGGUGGCCUGAUUGUCAGUCUUCUCCGGGCAUUUUUAAGGCCAGGAGCCGAGCGCUGCAUGUAGGCGGAUCACCCUACAGAGCGGUUUGGCUUUUGAAAUUAUUAUUAUUAUUUUGGGCAGAGGACGGUCGGUCUCCUGCACUCCCUCCUCUCUGCACACGAGGCUGCGAGCCGGAGGUGGGUCGCUCGGAGGGUGGAAUUCCUCCCGGGGUGAGCGAGCCCCGCGUGCGUGUCCCCUCCCUGCCGGCGCCGGGAAAAUGGAGGCUGUGAUCGAGAAGGAAUGCGGCGCGCUCGGAGGCCUCUUCCAGACCAUCAUCAGCGACAUGAAGGGGAGCUAUCCAGUUUGGGAAGAUUUCAUAAACAAAGCAGGAAAGCUGCAGUCCCAGCUUCGGACAACAGUAGUAGCAGCAGCUGCCUUCUUGGACGCCUUUCAGAAAGUGGCUGACAUGGCCACCAACACACGCGGUGGCACCAGAGAAAUUGGAUCUGCUCUCACCAGGAUGUGCAUGAGGCACAGAAGCAUAGAAGCCAAGCUGAGGCAGUUUUCGAGUGCUUUAAUUGACUGUCUGAUCAACCCACUUCAAGAACAGAUGGAAGAAUGGAAGAAAGUAGCCAACCAGCUGGAUAAAGACCAUGCAAAAGAAUAUAAAAAAGCUCGCCAAGAGAUAAAAAAGAAGUCCUCUGAUACGCUGAAACUGCAGAAGAAAGCAAAAAAAGGGAGAGGUGAUAUCCAGCCUCAGUUGGACAGCGCUCUCCAAGAUGUCAACGAUAAAUAUCUCUUGUUGGAGGAAACAGAAAAGCAGGCAGUCCGGAAAGCUUUGAUUGAAGAACGUGGCCGAUUCUGCACCUUCAUCUCUAUGCUGCGGCCAGUGAUUGAAGAAGAAAUCUCAAUGCUAGGGGAAAUAACCCACCUUCAGACCAUAUCAGAAGAUCUAAAAAGCCUGACCAUGGACCCUCACAAACUUCCCUCCUCAAGUGAGCAGGUGAUUUUGGACUUGAAAGGCUCUGAUUACAGUUGGUCGUAUCAGACUCCACCCUCUUCCCCCAGCACCACCAUGUCCAGAAAGUCAAGUGUCUGCAGCAGCCUGAACAGUGUCAACAGCAGCGACUCCCGGUCCAGCGGCUCCCACUCACAUUCCCCCAGCUCGCAUUACCGCUACCGCAGCUCCAACCUGGCCCAGCAGGCGCCCGUGAGGCUGUCCAGCGUGUCCUCCCAUGACUCAGGAUUCAUAUCCCAGGACGCCUUCCAGUCCAAGUCACCAUCCCCCAUGCCACCAGAGGCCCUCAACCAGAACUCGUCCAGCUCGGCCUCCUCUGAAGCCUCCGAAACCUGCCAGUCAGUGAGCGAGUGCAGCUCCCCCACCUCUGUCAGCUCAGGCUCCACCAUGGGCGCCUGGGCGUCCACCGAGAAGGACUGGGCUAAGCCAGGACCCUAUGACCAACCUCUGGUGAACACCCUCCAGCGCCGCAAAGAGAAGCGCGAGCCUGACCCCAGUGCGGGAGGACCCACUGCCACGGGUGGCCCACCAACAGUUGCUGAGGAGGCCCAGAGACCGCGAAGCAUGACCGUGUCAGCUGCCACCAGGCCUGGUGAGGAGAUGGAGGCUUGUGAGGAGCUGGCCCUGGCCCUGUCACGAGGCCUCCAGCUUGACACGCAGAGGAGCAGCCGGGACUCGCUUCAGUGCUCCAGCGGCUACAGCACCCAGACGACCACCCCGUGCUGCUCUGAGGACACCAUCCCCUCCCAAGUUUCAGAUUAUGAUUAUUUCUCUGUAAGUGGUGACCAGGAGGCAGAUCAGCAGGACUUCGACAAAUCCUCCACCAUUCCAAGAAACAGUGACAUCAGCCAGUCCUACCGACGAAUGUUCCAAGCCAAGCGCCCAGCCUCGACUGCUGGCCUCCCCACCACCCUCGGACCUGCUAUGGUCACUCCAGGGGUUGCAACCAUCCGUCGGACCCCUUCCACCAAGCCUUCUGUCCGCCGGGGGACCAUCGGAGCUGGUCCCAUCCCCAUCAAGACACCUGUGAUCCCUGUCAAGACCCCAACCGUCCCAGACCUCCCUGGGGUGUUGCCAGUCCCUCCAGAUGGGCCAGAGGAGCGGGGUGAGCACAGCCCAGAGUCACCAUCUGUGGGCGAGGGCCCCCAGGGUGUUACCAACAUGCCCUCCUCAAUGUGGAGUGGCCAAGCCUCUGUCAACCCUCCACUUCCAGGCCCGAAGCCCAGUAUCCCAGAGGAGCACAGACAAGCGAUUCCAGAAAGUGAGGCUGAAGACCAGGAAAGGGAUCCCCCAAGUGCCACUGUCUCCCCAGGCCAGAUUCCAGAGAGCGACCCUGCAGACCUGAGCCCAAGAGAUACUCCCCAAGGAGAAGACAUGCUGAACGCCAUCCGAAGGGGCGUGAAACUGAAGAAGACCAUGACGAAUGAUCGCUCAGCCCCUCGCUUGUCUUAGGCUUUCUUAGGCUCACAAGAAAUGCUGCCAGUGGGGAAUGAACUGUUUAAUUAAUAAAACCUAAUUUGUCUUGAUCCAUUCCAAUCUAUACUCAAACACAAGAUUUUGUAGGCAACUCAGAAUACAGCUUUUGAAAGUACUCCACACCUCUAGAUAAGAAUUAAAAGCAACAUAUGUAACUGACAUAAUCUUGAUCUUUUAAUUUGUAAAUAUUGACAAUUUUCUUUCUGCACAUUUUAAUCUUAGUUUCCCUUUUGAUUUUUCUGAAGGUGCCAAAUUCCAUUUAACUUUUCUACAAGUCUUUGUAAAAUUUUAAAUGCAUAAGGGGGGUGGGGUUGGGACAGGGGAACCAUGAAGUAGUUAAUUUCAGAAAAAGGAUUACUAUACUUAGCUUUCUUUUCUUUUUUCCCACAUGCUUUUGUAGAUGCAUUGUAGCAGUCUAGCUUAGAAGCAAAUUCAAGUUAUUUUAAUGUACAAACAAAAUGGAUAAGAGGUAAAAUCCUCAUUUAAAUAUACUAUGUUCUGAAUGAAAAAAAGCAGGAGUAACAGUUGAGCAAUAUUCAGAGUGAAGUAAAUCUGGAAAUGGUAGACUGUGUUGGGACUGGGGGGAGGGUCGUGGGAGGGGCACACUGUCAACAUAGCCGUUCCUGUUAACAUUUAAGAGUAGCCUCGUAGGUUGAAUUUCUAGUAGCUUCAUGGUAAAUGCAUCCGAAUAAGCCAUACUGGAUUGCAGUGUUUAUUUCCGUAGGGUGUUUAAGGACUUCCUUUCUCCUCUGCCAUUCCUCUUGACCACACAGCAUCCACCUCCAAUCCCGUGCAUGCUGCUGCCACUGGGUAGACAUAGAAUCCCCCACUUUUGUUUCUCGUCUAUUGUACUCACUUUCAUUAUAUCCAAAUACAUCCAAAAGGGUAAGGCAGUUUUAAAAUGUGAAGACAUUUAAAAAUUAAAGCAGGGAGUUCUUAGAAAUAGCAAAUGCCUUUUACUUAACUGUGCCCAGCAGGCUGGGUGCAUUGAAAAGCCCAAAUAUUUUGAAAAAACUCAAGCGGAUUUAACAUGGGUAACCAGCUUGGAGUCUUGCAAUGUGCCAAUGUGUUUACCAAUAUGGGGGCUUGUUUUUCUUCUUUUAAAUAAAUGGCAGUUAAUUGGCUUCAUACUAAACAUUGAAGAGAGAAGGAUUUAUUUAUUGUCACAGGGAAUCUGACCACUAUAGUGUCCCUCUUUUUGUAUUCUUGGUAAUGUUUUUUGGAACGGAUUUGUGUUUUCUUAAGUGAAAGUUAAAUUUGUUAUAUUACCCAUCCCCUACAGCCAACAGAUUUGUAGGUUUAAAGGGAUCACAUUUGGAGAAAAUAAUACUUAUAAAAAAAAAAAAAAAAAAAAAAAGCAAACCCCUUAACAGGUCAGUUGACAGUGCACAUUUGUGACAAUACCUCAAAUAAGAGGAACCUGGUGGUCCCGCACACCCUGCAGAUUUCUGUUGGCUGUAAUCUUCAAUUACAUAAUCCUACGCUUUAAUACAUAAUCGCAUUGGAUGUGACAGUAAUUUACCUGUAUAGUCAUUGUUCUAUAUAUUAACAUUUAACACUGCUGUGAUUGCUCAAGGACAUUUUUGUUGUGGCUUUAAAACAACAGCAUGAUUAUUACAAACUAUUUAAGCUUUUUUCUUUGAAAAACAAGCUCCAUUUACAGAAUAUAAGCAACAGUAGUGCCUGUGGUUUAGCCCACCAAUCUUGAUGACUAAAAGUAGCUGAUGCAUUGUGCAUAUGAUGCUUGAGAUGGUUUUUGCAAAAGCAGAAAUCACUGCAAGGUAAUUACAGUAGAUAGAAGUGGCAUUUUAAACCUUUGAAAUAAAUGGAUGUAACUGUACCUCGUACAGCUUUUCACUUGUUUAGUUUUUAAACGUUAGUAUAAUCUGAAUGAAGAUAAAAUGUUGCCAAAUUCAAUGUAGCAAGAAUGUGACAAAACACCUUGGGUAGUUCUGUUUGUGUUUUUGCAUAUUGUAAAAGCAGUGUCACAGCUAAAAAUAAAGAAAUCGUUUCUAAAGGUAAAUUAUUGUGGUUUAGUUGCUAGUUUGUACUGAGAGUUGACCUCUCCCUGUGCAGUUUUUUGUUUUAAACUUGUAUAAAUAACAAUUGUGUAAUGUGUCUCCCUUCUACAUUGUAACAAUUGCUUCAGCCUACCUUAUAAAUAAAGAACCACUAGAAAAAAGAAAAAA